AUGGGCGUCGCGUACCGGAGGCUGACGGCGUGCGAGAGCCGGCGAGGAGGAGGAGGAGGCGCGGCGGCGGCCGCCGCCGCGAGGGCGUGGUGGGCGGCGGUGAGGCGGGCGUCGGCCGCGGGGCUCGCGCGGCUGUGCUGCGCGGCGGCGGGGCGGCGGCGUUGGUGGCGCGCCUCGAGGAGGCGGCGGCUCGGGCUCGCCGGGAGGGCGGCGGGGCGGUACGAGUACGACUCGGCCGGCUACGCGCGCAACUUCGACGACGGCGUGUGGAAGGCGGAGGAGGGCGUGUUCUGGAGCGCCGGGGCGGCGACGGUGGCGGCGUGCAGGCACACGGCGAUCGUGCCGUGCGCUGUGGAUUGCUGAUCGCUCUGUAACCCUAGCGGUUUGGAUAGCUUUGUUUAGGAUUGAUUUUCCCAGAGAGUGUUAGACCAUUUUUUGUUUGAAUCAUGUGUGCGUUUUGACACACACAACAAAAAACGAAGUUACUAAUGCUCAAGAUUUGGAGGAUGUAUGGUUUCACGAGGGAAAAAUAGGGAAAGUUUUGACAAU